UACAGAGCGAUUUUGCUGCUAUCUAUCCUAGCGCGUUAUUAUGAAUUUGUUCAUGAAUUUCCGAAUUAUCCAAUCUUGAUCGUAAUCAUCCCUUGGAACGAAUUUAAGUUAAGCCCAAAUGAACAGAUGUGCAAAGAAAUCCGCUUUAUUUAGUGUAUGUUUCGUAGACUUUGAUCAGAAUUAAGGUAGCUGUAGCUGGCUAGCUUGUUGUUAGCAACGGACACAUCUGGUGCCGACAGGUUUUGCUCUGCAGACACAGCUUCUCUUGUUUGGAAGUCAUUGUUCAUGGGCUGAAUGUUGUUUUUUUUACAUAUGGACUGUAAAGAUCAUGCAACUUUAUUAGGGAGCUAAUGAUUUACUGCGAAUUUGCAGUGUUUUAAAUUAAGCCUUUGCAGCAUUAUGCAUUUAAAUCAAUAGCGUUGGAUCAUUGACAUAGUACUAAGACUUAUAAAGUCAUCCGAAUGCUUUUUAUGUUAAAUCAUAUUAUUUUUUGACUUGCAAAACAUUUAUUUACCACCUGCGUGGUAUAUUGACUUUAUUGAAGAGACGAAAGUUUGUUUUUAUCAACAAACAUGGAUAAGAAGUCAUUUGAUAUAGUAUUGGAUGAAAUAAAAAAGUGCGUCCUGACCGAUCAGCGGAUCAAAGCCAUAGAGCAGGUGCAUGGAUAUUUCUCCAGUGAGCAGGUGAUGGAGAUACUGAAGUAUUUCUCAUGGGCAGAGCCACAGAUCAAAGCAGUUAAAGCUCUUCAGCAUAAAAUGGUUGCAAUCCCUACAACAAAAGUUGCAAAUAUCCUAAACUGUUUCACCUUCUCAAAGGACAGACUGGUUGUCCUGGAACUAAUAGCUUUGAACAUUUCAGAUGCUCAGAAUUAUCGCCCUGUGGAGGAUCUUUUUCGCAUACACUUGUCUGAGAAGAAGCGUGCCCACAGGAUACUGGAGCAAGUAUUUAAGGUUGGCUGCAAGGCUCCUGUUGCCAUGAUCUCCUCCUGUGGUAUGAUACCAGGAAAUCCAUACCCUAAAGGCAAACCCAGCCUGGUCACUGGCACAUUCCCUGGAAUCCCCCCAGUGAAGAAAGAAGGCGAGAAGAAAGAAGACACUUCAAACAAUCUGGAGGGAAAAGGAAUUUCUGCUCGUAUUAUUGGACCUUUCAAACCUUUUCCAUCAACCUACAACCCUCAUCGGCCUGUGCCGUACCCUAUACCACCGUGCCGUCCACAUGCCACUAUCGCACCAAGUGCGUACAACAACGCAGGCCUUGUUUCUAUGGGAGGGGUUAUAACAUCCAGCGUGGCCCCUCCCCCCUACAACUCCACCCACAAAGUAGCAGGUUACGCCAAGCCAGGCAAUCCUCAGCAUACCACACCUGGAGUCAAAAGCGGGCCCCUCCUCAUUCCUCAUGGGUCCACGCCUUCAACCCCUAACCCACAUCAGGCUUCUCCUGCUCAGCCGCUUCCCACGACCCCUAUCACGCCGGUUUUCCCCGGCAUGGUGCCCUCUCACAACCCUAAUGUCCCCUCUCUCUCCCCUGCUCCAUCCCCAUCGGUGAUCAAAGCAGGUCCUCAGACCCCCGGUGGCCAUUCUACACCUACACCUUCAUCUGUCAUUAAAGCCCACACUCCUUCAGGCACCCCUUGUGGAACUCCUGUCCCCGGCAGGAGCUUCUCCCCUUCCCCCUUUCACGCUAUUUCCCGACCAGGCACCCCUGCCUCCCGCGGCGGCCCUGACCCCUUAUCUCAGACGAACUCCAUGGGCUCCACUCAGCAGAGAUCUUUUUCUCAGUCCACAGACCACCAGUCAGGACUCGGUCACCCUGGCAUGCACCUACAAGCAGGUAAUCCCUCUGGGUCAGUGAUCCGAAGUUACACCCCCUCUGGACCCACCACUCCAGUUAAUCCGAGCAACUCCACCCAAGGCCUCAGUCCCAAACCCUCCCCCGCUCAUGCUGCACAGAUUCAGGCUGCUAUGAUGCAGGCGGGAGUCCUGAACAGACACACUGGGGGAAGCAACAGUGGCAGCAACAGCCCUGUGCCCUCUGCCUUCAAGGGAACUUCUCGCUCUGGCACACCGUCUGUUAGCUCUCUUGUGGUAGCAGGUUCUGCCCAGGCGGCUUUAGCCCGUUCCUUUGGUCUGUCCCACCCCUCAGGUUCUCCUCAAGUAUCGCUCGCUAAUGCAGUGGCUCUCUCCGGCCUCCAAGCCUUAUCCUCCAGCCAAGCACCCUCUCAUUAUCCUGGCCUGUCCCACUUCCCCUCACUCCCCCCUUCCUCCAUGCCUUCAUCUAUAUCGGCAAUGCCUCCCUCCUCCAACAUGUCUAACCAUCAACAAGCCUCCAUGUACCCAGGCAUGGCUCCCAACGUUGCCCCCGGUGGAGGGUCCCCUUUCGGUCUGGGCCUCACCUCUGCCCCCUCUAUGUUCCCAGGCCUUCCGCCUGGUCAUAGCCCCGCUGGCUACCCAGGGUUGGGGGUUUCAGGAGGGCACGGUGCUGGGAGCCCUGUGUUGUCUUCAUUCAUGGGACUGCCGGGAGCCUCUUCCUCUUCAGUAGCGGCAGCAGCAGCCGCAGCCGGAGUUCCAUCAUCAUCGCCGGUGUUACCAGGCUUUGCGUCUGCUUUCAGCUCCAACUUCCAGCCUGGGUUGAGCAGUGGGCUCCAGCCUCCAGGAAGCAGCGGGUUCCCCGGGUUGCUGUCCUUCCCCGGUAUGCCGGGCUUCUCUCCCUCUGGCUCUCCUGCUGGCCUCGGUGGCCUCCACAACCAAGCCAUGCAGUCUGCCUUGCUACAGGCUCAUCCCAACUCUUUGGAGAACUUCCCUCCCAAUAGUUUCGCAAAUUACCCUCCAGGCCCAGGGAACACCUUCCCCCUUCAACCAGGCCUGCACCCCCAGCUGGGUUGGCAGUGAAACCCACAAUACACUUUGAAAGACACUAUCAUAAAACCUGCCCUACCCCUGAGCAGCUGACAUGUUUUAUGUUUUGGCCUUGAACCCACAGGACAGAUAGUUGGGUUAAUGAUCAUGUAUUUUACGGCCAGAAUUACUACAACAAGUAACACUAUCAUGAAAACUGGUGAAAUAAUGUUUGGGGGAGAUGGCAUUUUUCCCAUUUUAUUCAUAGUGAACGGUUGUAAAUAUCAGGUUUAAAAGUUGUUCAGUUUUUUAAAGUAUACCGUGACCGGUUUUAAUGUUAGCUGGACUUGGCUGUUUUUAAUCAAGUUUGUCAACAUUUAUUAGUGAAUGAUGAACAAUAGAAAUGAAAUUUUAAACUGUAGAGGAUAUCAUGUAAUGAAUUGACAGUAUCCUCAUGUAGUAUUUUAUCCAAUGUGCAGUCUAAGGAUAAUGACUGCCCUGAACUGAACAUUGUGUUAUGAAAUGUGUAGAUGACAUACUGAACUGUAUGGCGCAGUAAUAUUUUGAAAUGGGCCCAACAUAAAUGUUUGUUUCUUUGUACAGCUCCACUGUGUGUGUUUUUUUCAGUGAACUGUCACUUCACCUUGGGCUGUCAGCGGUUUACUGUGAUUCACAUUUGUUUACAAGUUCAUUUUUAAAGAUGUCACCCUGCUAGUGCUAUUGUUACAGUAUUUGACAGCAUUUACUGUACAUCUCAGAACAUGGGGAGACAUUUGAGAUGAACAGACGUGUUUAUUUUCCUGUGUUUUCGUUGCCCUUUUUUUCUGUCUUUGCACCUGUUUUAUUAUUUUGUCAGUAAACUGCUGGUUGCUGUAGCUAUACCUUUAUUCUGUGUAAUGCCAUGUCUACUAGGAAAACGCUUUGUUUAAUUAAUGAAGGUGGAUAGAACAACGUGUAGAUAAAUAAUAAUGCUAUGAAGGAGGGGCUGUUAUUUGCUUUUUAACUGGUGUAACAAUCAUCAACUAUGUGACUUUUUAAUAAAAGGGGGCCAAGAUCAAACAAGGCCAAGAAGUUUAAAA